AUGGAUUUUGGCGACAUGACACCGAUAUUCGGGGAAGUAACGGCAGUCAGGUCCGCACCGAGCACCACUCCGUUAGAGCCUUUUCUUUUUCGCGUUCACGGCUUGCAAAAUGACCCUUCUGGCCUCAGAAUCAUCGUGACUGACUUCCAGUCCAAUACCUUUGAGGCCAUCAGGUCCCGUCAUCAGCUCGAAGACAUGAGAGAUAACAUUGGAAUUGGUGGCAACUGGUCUGAAUUUGUUGAUUAUAUUAGAGCUUCCAUAAAAUCUGAAGAUGUGAAGCUCAUUCUGGAGGGUCAAUCAGAAUCAGGAGGUGCAUCUCAUGCAAAAUUAAUUGCUCAAAAAGGAAAAGGAAUGCCGCGGAUGUUUAUUUCCCUUGCUAAACUUUCGGAUGUUGCUGCUAGUCAAGCUAUGGCCAAUCUUUCAAUGGAGCUCUACAAAGAGUAUAAGAAUGUUCACAAAUCACUUGUAGAAGAGCAAGAGUGUUCACUUAACUUGACCAUAGUUGUAGCUGCUGAACGGGAAAAGAAUAACAGUCUCCAGAAUAUGCUGUAUUCGAGAAAGAACAAGUCCCAAAAGAUGGACACAGAAAACUCAGAUUCUAAAUUGGCUUCGAGCCCACAAGAUGCUUCAGAAAACCAAAUUACUCAAAACCAAAACUCAACAAAAGUCCCUAAUCGUGUUGUACCGGCACACCGCAGGGCAAAAGUGAGAGGGGCUGUUUUGAUGGACAUUGAAGAUGAUGAUUCAUAA